AUGGCUUACGCACACGGCUUUAUAAUUAGAAAUACGAAUGCAGUCAAUAAACAGCCAACUGAAGUUGAUGGAGAUAUACCGGAAAGCACAAAUAAGAAAGAACUUGAUGUGACUACUGCAGAUAAAAUUUGUAAAGAUAUAAACAAUAAAAAAUACCCCUUUGCAGAUUUAAUUGGUGAGAUGGAUUUAGAUGUUUAUCAAAUAAUCAGAAAACUUACAAAAGAAGCAUCAACGAAACUACACAAUCAAAAAGAAAACUAUGAUGAAGCAUUGACUCAACACGAGCUUCCUCAAAUGCAGUGGUGCGAGCGCUGCCGUUUGGUGGCUUGGUUCACUGUUUGGGAUGGUGUUGAAGACGCCGACCACCUUGAACUAAGCCUUAUAGUUAACACGAAGGACCUCGGGAUUGCUUCAGGGCAGAGUCCCACAACACCUGAGCCCAUGCUGGAGCCCGAGCUUAUACGGGAACCUGAGCCCACACUGGAGCCAGAGUCUAGACCAGGGACCAGGGCGGAGAAACCAUUAGAGCCACUGGCUUUAGAGGCAACUUCGACGGAACAAAACCCGAACGGUGCAUCAUCCGAACCAGAAUUGGACCCUGAACUUUUAGAAGCCCUCGGUGAGUCCACCAGCGAUACCCCAGAGUUUGGAGAAAGAAUUCACGAGAGUUAA